AUGUCCAUCAUCGCGACGGAUCUCCCUGUCCCGAUCGGUUCGCUCGUGGAAAUCAUCGCUCUGGAUGGACAGCACAUCUCAGGCGAAGUCGUGGGAUUCGAUUCCGGCAAAGCGAUCGUCAUGCUCCUGAGCGCCACGACAGGCAUUGUCCCAGGCUCCAAAAUCCAGAUGAAGCAAGUCCAUCAGGUCUCUCCAGUUGGAGAUCGCAUGCUCGGGCGUGUGAUCGAUGGACUCGGAAGACCGAUCGAUGGCAAGGGUGAAAUUUGCGAGACCGUCCAGCGAGCGAUCAAUCCGACUCCGAUCGGCGCCAUGCAGCGACGGAAGAUCAAUGAACCACUCCGUACCGGAGUCCGAGUGCUCGAUCUCAUGACUCCGAUCGGACGCGGACAGCGACUCGGAAUAUUCGCCGGACCAGGUGUCGGCAAGUCCACGCUCCUGGGACAGAUCGCGCGAGGGACCGAUGCGGAUGUCAAUGUCAUCGCGCUGAUCGGUGAGCGUGGUCGAGAAGUGCGUGACUUCAUCGAUCACGCGUUGGGAGAUGAAGGCUUGAAGCGUUCGGUCGUAAUCGUUGCGACUGGGGAUGAGUCUCCGUUGCUGCGGAUCCGAGCCGCCAAGCUCGCGUGCACCGCGAGCGAGUACUUCAGAGACCAAGGUCUAGAUGUCCUGCUCAUGAUGGAUUCAGUGACGAGAUUCGCGCACGCGCAGCGGCAAGUCGGACUUUCAGUCGGCGAACCCCCAACCACAAAGGGGUACACCCCCAGCGUGUUCUCAGCAAUGGCGGAACUCUUAGAACGCUCCGGAACAAUCGAACCAGAAAACGGCAUGGGUGGGGGAUCCAUCACAGGGCUGUUCACGAUUCUGGUCGAGGGGGACGACAUGACCGAGCCGGUCUCCGAUGCGGCACGCGGGAUCCUCGAUGGUCACGUCGUGCUCUCGCGCAAACUCGCGCACAAAGGACAGUUCCCGGCGGUCGAUGUGCUCGAUUCGGUUUCGCGUGUCGCGAAUGAUGUCACCGAUAGCGCCCACAAAGCAGGAAGAGUGCAGAUCUCCAAGCUCAUCGCGAAGUAUCGAGAGAUCGAGGAUCUGGUCCAGAUCGGCGCGUACGCGCAGGGAGUCAAUCCUGAAGCAGACACCGCGAUAGAUAUGCAGCCGGUGAUCUCUGAACUGCUUGGGCAGCGGACCGAUGAAGCCGCGAAGUUCGAGCCCGCCAAAGAGAUGAUGGUCAAGCUCGCGUUGCAGUCGGGCGAGAUGAUCCAGCAGCGUCAAGCGAUCGCGCAAUCACAAUCCGCGAAUCAGCAGCAGAUGCCCGCUGGUCCAGGCAUGCGAGCAAGCGGGGGGUGA